CCAGUACCUCUGAUUUACACAAGAGAAAGAAAUGCCACACAAUUUCAGGUGUAGUCUGACAACUUCUGAGUACUCCAGUACUCAGUAAGGAGGUAUUUCUGCGGGGCCAAGCACAAGAGCAUCUGUGGAGACAGAGACUCUUAUCUUUUUGGAUCCCCUUUGAAGCGCUGCAGUUCAUCAUAUGGUUUUGCUCACAAGUUUGGGGUUUGUUCUGCAGAUAUGAUCUAACUCCGCUUAGAAAAAGAGCCGCUGGUGGCUGCACCGAUUUGUAACUGUAAGCAAGAGGCAGUGAACAACUAGGUUCUGUUGUCUCUUGCUCAAUCUUGAGCACUUCAGAAGUUUUGUGAUGUCACUAGAGUCAAUCUGAAAUUAGGACUUACAUCCUCACUGAACUGGGGUCCAGGUUAGUGACACAACAGUGGUGGUGUUCUUCUUUGAGUUCCAUCAGUCACAUACUCCCCCCUCCAAAACCAAAAAAUUACUGCUCUCUGUUUUCUGACUCUCUAAGCCUUUACCCAUCUAAUUUAUUUGUGAAUUAAAGCUGAAUUCACACUCAUUCCAUUUUAGAAUAUCCUUAAAGACUUUUAAACUACUGAUGUGAUCAUUCAUCUUCACAAGAACUGGCCAGAUUUUGCUCUUGAUAAGGGUUGCUUUAAGCAGAUCAUCUGUGUAGUAGUAAAUAUGUUUUCCACUUUUGGCUACCCUAGCAACUUAAAGGUAAUUGGCUAUGCCCUGAGUUGGUAACCCAAAUAUUUAAAAACACGAUUAGUUAAAGUUUAAUCCACUGUCAUGAUGAUGAUGUGGCAACAGAGGCUGUGUGUCAGGAUUCAUUCUUCGCCUGGAGAACACGGUGGCAGUAACACUCAUGUAGUAUGGUCUCUUGCGGAGUACGGGAUGAGUGAAGCAGACCUCGUUAACGGCUGAAAGUAGGAUUUUCCACCAUGAACGGAUACCCAAACUGCUCUGCUAACCACACUAAAAUUUGGAGUCAUUAUUUAGUACUUGCACUGGGCAUCCCUCAACUGACCAUUAACAUCGCAUCUGUGAUCUUCAACUGCACGGUCAUCUUCACCAGAAUAGCGACUAAGGAUCUGCACAAGCCCAUCUCUAUCCUCUUCUGCAAUUUGGCUUUUUCUGAUCUCUUCACCAGUUUUUCUGGCUUUUGGAUUUCAACGCUGUUCAUCACCAAUCCUGACAUUACAAUCUUUGGAUCCAAGGAUAUGCUUGCACCUUAUGCCUUAUAUACUAUGUCUAUUUUAUCCACCAUCUAUAACUUGGUAAGCAUUGGAAUUGAACGCUAUCUGGCUGUGGCUGAAAGCAUGAGGACAAGAUUCAGGGCUGCUAGAAACCAUUCCGUAGCUGCGGUUUUAAUUAACUGGGUCCUUGCUUUCUUUUUGGGCUGCUUGCCAUUGAUGGGGUGGAACUGCUUGCAUAGGAGAAAAAACCUCUCUGUCCUCUACAGUCCGUUUUGCGUCGACUACCUCAUCUUCAUCACCAUUCCCAAUAUUGUGGUGGCGGCUUUUAUUAUACCUCUGUUCACUUACCUUAGAAUCAUUAUCAUCCUGAGGAAAAGAAAGCUGAGAAUGAAAGCAUGCGGACAAGCUACUGGCACCUACAAAUCAGCUGAAAUCCAGGUUGCCAGAACCAGCAUCUUUAUUUGGCUCCUGGCGUUGAUCUCCUACGCUCCUUUUUUCGCGGGAGUCAUAUUCGAUGCAACUAACCACCAGUGCCACGCCGAUCUCUACCCAGGCAUCUACAUCUUUCGAAACUGCACGGCUAUGCUGAUAACCAUGAACUGUUUGGGAAACCCCAUCAUAUAUACCCUGAAAGCCAAACCUCUGGGGGAUAAACUCAAGGCUCUGAAAUGCCUCUCCACCAACCGUGUCCGAGCCUCUCUGCUGUCCUCGCCCGCAGACAGCGCCCGGUCGGUGGAGGACAUCCUGACGGAAGACGACGAGCAGGACCGCGUCCCGCUGCAGAAGCUCAAGCUUUUAGGGGAAUCGGAAGAACUGAGAGGCUUGCUUCUGAACCCACACCUCAGGCAGCUACUGCUGACAAUCGAUCAAGCAGAAGAUAAAAGCUCCCUCAUGAAAAAGUACAUGCAGGAGCCAUUAUUUGUUGAGUUUGCAGACUGCUGUUUGAGAAUUGUUGAACCUCCAGAGAAGGAGAACAUUCUUCCUGAGUGAGCUACUUUGGGAACGUUUUUCUUUCCUUGAGAGUUCUUCCCUCUGACAGAAGAGAUUUGACAGCACCGCGUGCUACUGUGGUGCACCAUUCCGUGUGUUCCCUCAAGGUUUGGUCACACUUUGCUCACGGAUGUCAGUGCUCUAAUUUUCAAUUUAGAGUUGAUCAGCAGUGACAUAGUUGUCUUGGACAGAUUUCUAGAUAUUAGGAAUUAAACUUGAUGUUCUGUGGACUUGCUUUCUGUUGGUACAGAAAUACUGUCAGCCAUGGGAAACGUUGCUUCCCAGUAACAAUUAUAUUAAAUAUAUUUGCAUUUAUUUUAA